AUGGCAAAAAGAAAAUAUAUGUCAAAAGUUGAUGGAAAAAUAAAUGUUGGAGACAAGCACCAAGCUAAAAUCCCAGAUUUAGUUGUCAGUGAAGAAAAUGCAGAAGAAACUAAAAAUGUCAAUGAUACAACAGCUGAAGUUGUAGAUGUCCCAGCUAACUCACCAAAAAGAGCAAGAAUUGAAGAAACACCAAAACAAGCCGAAGAAAAUACAACCACUGAAGUAGCCAACGAAACUGAAAACCAAACUGAAACUACUGAACAACCAAAAGAAGAAACAACCGAAGCUGCAGCAGAAGCUCCAGCAGAAACUCCAGCUGAAGAAGCUAAAGAAGAAGCAGCAGCAGAAGAAGCCGCAGCUGAAGCCCCAGUAGAAGAAGCCGCAGCAGAAGCUACAGAAGAAGCAGCUGAAGCCCCAGCUGAAGAAGCAGCAGCAGAAGCCACAGCAGAAGAAGCCGCAGCUGAAGCCCCAGCAGAAGAAGCCGCCGCAGAAGCACCUGCUGAAGAAGCUGCUUAA